AAAUCAGCACCGCCUACAAAGUUGAAGGUACUAACAGACGACGCCGUUUCAUCAUCGCCGCCGUCAAUUCACAUCCUUCCGGGAACAAUUCACACGCUCUAGAGAGAGAGAGAGAGAGAGAGAGAGAGAGAUGGCGAGUUUGAGAAGAGCCCUGUUGUCUACAGUACCUCGUAUUCUCAGCACCAAUCCGACGUCGUCUGCCGCCACCCCCCAAUCUCUUCACAGGCCAAUUUUGAGUUCCUUCUCCCGUCUCUACUCUACAAAUCAAAGCACCCAAUCCGUAGAUAUCGAUCUCUCCACUGAAGAGAGUAGAAGGCGAUUGCAUAACAGGUUGUUGUAUAGGAGCAAACAGAGAGGCUACCUUGAGCUGGAUCUGGUUCUGGGUAAAUGGGUGGAGGAUCACAUUCAAUCCAUGGAUGAAUCUGGAAUUAAAUCCCUUGUUCAUGUUCUUGACCUGGAAAAUCCCGAUCUAUGGAAUUGGCUAACGGGGCAGGAGCAACCCCCAGAGGCAGUGAACGUGAAUCCAGUUUUUGUUGCUGUGAGAGAAAAGGUGGCGAAGAAUCUCGAAAAGUCUGCACCACAAACACGAGCUACGACUGGGCAAUCGUGGGUGAGAGGUUGGGACGACGUCAAGAAGGGCCGUGACAGCCCUAUUGCUGGCAAUCAGUAGCUGUAUUUAUUCUCGAGGUUUCAAUAACAAUACUCGUUUGGCUUAUAUACAGAUUAUAUAUAUAUAUAUAUGUAUUGGUGAGAAAUAAAGUCUGUUACAAAAUAUGUGUUCGUGGACGUAUUAAAAGCCUUCAGAUUUGUAAAAAUAAAAAUAGCUGAUGAUUAGCUAUAGUAGACCAUGAAAUGUUUUUUCGUGGCGAAUGUAUUAAAAUCGAAUACGGCUUGAAUUGUUAUUUUUAUUUUAUGGUAUACUAUCAAGAUUUGGGUUGU